ACCGCUAACGUGUGUGUGUGAUGGAAUGCUGCCCGCGCCUUGUGCUGUUGCUCCUGUUAUUCCGUCUCUAAGGAGACGGGACAGAUUGUUGGGUAGGAGAGUAGGUUAAUAAAUUGCACUUUAUAUUCAUACUUGUGCAGGUCUGUGGAAUUAUUUUUGGAAAUUACAUUGCAUAGGAUCUCCUUGACCGGCCAGUUUAAAACACAGGUAAUUUAUCACCGCUGUAUCAUUUGUUUUAUCACAGUUUUAACUGGAUUAUUGACAGAAGAAGAUUUUACCCGCACUUUGUUAAGACUUAAUUUGAACCACACAAACAAUCGCCUAUAAAAGUCGCACGUAGUCUACCAACUUAAAUGAAACAGAGCGUCUUCCGGUAGUAUCCUCAACUGGGCCAAACCACACAUAAAAUGACGUCCGUGGAUCUGACCGUUCGGUCCAGUCCAAGUCCUAACCCAGGUCCUCACCGCGUGAAACAGUGGCAACUGAGCGGGACAGACUACCAACCCCAGCCGGCCCUGACGCAUCGCAGCUCGGUCACAGGGACAGCCGACAGCCGCUUCAGUGCCUGGACCCCCAUCACAAACAAGACCUCCAACCACCAGUUGUUUGAGGAGCGGACGACCCUGGUGCUUCACUGGUUUGACCUUUGGACUGACCGCCAGAGAAAAGUCUUCCUCCAGGCGCUGCUGUCUCAAUGCUCCAACUCCCAGCUCAAGUCCUGCAGGGAUUGGCUGAAGCAGAUCGUGCCGGUGACGAGCAUGGACUUCACCUCCGUGUUGCCACGGUUCCUGUCUCUCUAUGUGAUGUCAUUCCUGACCCCUCGUGACCUCUGCUCUGCUGCACAGGUCAGCUGGCACUGGAGGGUCCUGGCCGAACAGGACUGUCUUUGGUCGGUGAGGUGUGUGCGACGGGGCUGGUUCCUGCCCUAUAAUCCAGGGGACAGAGAGUAUGGUGGGUGGAAGAGCCACUAUGUGUCCUGUGUGUCCACUCUGGACUGGCUGACCCCCAGAGAGGCAGCACAAACGUACGGCACCCUCAACAUGCCCUGCUCAGGAGAGAGGAAGGAGGAGGAGGAGGAGGAGAGACGCAAGGAGAGGAGGAUCAGACAAACCAUCAGGGAGAGAGUGGAGGAGCAGAAGAGAGCAUCCCUGAAGUCCAGACCAGCCUGGAGGAGCAGCAUCAACAGAAGCAGACCAGGAGGAACAGUGGUCAGCCAUACCCAGGGAGAGAGGCAGGUGCCUGGGCGAACGAGGAGCGUUCAGUGCUCUCCCUCCUGGUUGUCAGACAGGACGGGACGUCUCUGUUUAUCCCCUGACCUCAGCCUUAACUUGACCCCGACUCUGACCCUGGAGAAGACCCAGCUCUCCAGCCAUGUGAGGUCCCAGGCCAUGGGGGACAGUGUGAACAGAGGAGGUUUGUCCACUUCCACCAGCAGCAGACCCAGACCCUCUCUCUCUCCAUCACCACCUCUUCUGCUACUGUUGUCCAACAGGAUACCUGCCUACGAGUUGGUCCUGUGUGGUGUGAGAGUAGGAGUGGUGGUGGUUCUAUACGACCACAGAGGGACCCUCCAGGCUCUGUUAUCCCAGGCAGAGAGGGCUCUGGGUGGGCAGCGAGCUCAGAGACUGGGGGUGCUGGCUCCUGGAGGUACGGAGGAGAUCACUCUGCUGCAAGGCUGCAAGGUGACAGAGAGGAGUGUGCUGACACCUGACUCCAGGGAAUUCUGGGAGAAGCUAUGUGGCUGGGUCGUUCCACCUGAAGAGGGAGGAGGGGUGGACGUCUUCUGUCCCCUCGCAGCAUCUGCCAGAGGGGUGCUGCUGGUCCAGUCUCUGUCUACUCUGACAGGGUUGGAGGUCUCAGCUCCUACUGGGAUGGCCACUGGAAGCUUCCAGAACAUCCUGAGUGAGUGGUCGUGUAGCAACGGUGCCGGUGACAGGGCUGGGAGCGGGGUUAGGGGUGUGUGUGCGUCCCCUGGCCAGCACUAUGUGUGUGAGGGUGUGUUACAGGGUUGGAGCUGGCAGACCCAGUGGCUAGAGGAGGCUCUAGGAGCCCUGAGGGACCAUCUGGGGCCACAACUACCACAACUGAGUCUGGACACCAGGGGUCGAGUUCUGGGUCAGUUUCUAUGGGAGGCGGUAGCACUAGAGGAUCUGAGUGUCUCUAAGGAGGUGACUGUAGCUCUGACCGAGGGUCUCACGGCAUUAGCAACGGAGACCAGACCUCUGGAGUUCCUCUCUCUCUUCCUGAGAAGAUGGGGGGAGAAAAGGAAAGAUCUAAACGGAGGAGGGGAGGAAGGAGAUGAGAGAAGAGGAGGAGGAGGAGAGAGGACAGAAGGAGGAGGAGAGAGGAGAGAAGGAGGAGGAGAGAGGAGCUCUGUGUUUCUGACAGAGAGGGGUACACACAGACUCCACAGUCCUAACCCAGAGAUACACCAGGAGUGGCGUGGUGUAGUGGUGAGGGAGCUGUAUAUGAGUGAGUGUGUUUAUGUGAGGAGGCUGGAGUCAGUGAAGAGGGUCUACCAUGAUCCCCUGCUGUCAGCUCUUCAGUCCAACAGAGCCAUCCUCAGCUCUGCUCACAUCUCCAUGGUCUUCACUCCUCUUACACACAUACUGGACAUCAACAGGUUGUUUCUGUCAGAGCUGGGGCCUAGAUUGCAGCAGUGGGAGGCUGGUCAGUGUGUAGGUGAUGUGUGUGUGAAAUUCUGCUCCAAACUCAGAGUGUACACCAAUUACCUCAACAACUACCCUACUGCCCUACUCACCAUAGACAAGUGCAGAGAGAUGAACCCUGCUUUCCGAGCUUUCCUAAAGAGACAUGACAGAACCCUGGAGACACACAUGCUGAGUCUGCAGGAGCUGUUGCUGUGUCCAGUGUGGCGUCUGGAGGAGUAUGUGACUCUGCUGCAGGCACUGUCUCUACACACACUCUCCCAACACUCCGAUCACACACAGCUGUCUGGCGUAGUGGACACACUCACCCGCUACAGGGACUUCAUACGCAAGCUGAAGAGGAACUCAGAGAAAGCCAUGAGGAUGCAGGAGACCCAGAGAAUGAUCCGGGGCUGUCCAAACCUUUGUGAGGGGAGCAGACAGCUGAUCACCACUCAGGAUGCAGCUCUGCUUAAAUGCCCCAGUGAUGACAUCACAGCCUCGCUCAGGAUGUAUGAACACGUUUCUGACGUGGGUCUGUUCUUGUUCAACGACGCAAUGGUUCUGACCGAGAGGUGUGUGUGUCACCGGCCCUUCACACACACACACUGCAACACACACACCUUCCUGGCCUCCGUCGCCCUGCACAGCCUCACCCUCAGAGAGAUCACAGACACGCGCUAUGUGUGUAAUGGGUUUGUCCUGGAGGGUCCUAGUCGUGUCUGGGUGUGUGCUACAGAGAGGGAGGAGGACAAGGAGAGGUUCCUCUGCACCCUGCGUUCAGCCAUACACACUGCCAUCACAGAGACAUAGGGUAGAGAACACUCACCAUAGACAAGGGAAGGGUUUGAUACAAUCUGGGAAGGGUUUGAUACAAUCUGUCAUUCUUCAAUCAACCACUAGGUGACAGGAAAGAGGAUUUCUGCAACCAGAGAGUAUGAGUCCCCAUAGAUGACCAAGCUCCAAAGUUAAAUUUGACUAUAUCGUAAAAAUGUAUUUAAAAAAAUCUUGAUUUAAGGUUAGGCAUAAGGUUAGCAGUGUGGUUAGGGUAAAGGUUAAGGUUAAAAUCACAUUUUAAGAAGAUAUUGUAGAACAAAAAAAAGAAGAAAAAAAACUACACAGGGUUUCUGACUAGACAGGGUUCUGCCAGAUAGUGAGGACCUGCGAGUCACUUAGCCAGAUAGUGAGGACCUGAGAGUCACUUGGCCAGAUAGUGAGGACCUGAGAGUCACUUGGGCAGAUAGUGAGGACCUGAGAGUCACUUGGCCAGAUAGUGAGGACCUGAGAGUCACUUGGCCAGGUAGUGAGGACCUGAGAGUCACUUGGCCAGAUAGUGAGGACCUGAGAGUCACUUGGCCAGAUAGUGAGGACCUGAGAGUCACUUGGCCAGAUAGUGAGGACCUGAGAGUCACUUGGCCAGAUAGUGAGGACCUGAGAG